AUGGUGAUGGAUAUACGUUGUACCGGAUUGCGCCAUUCCAGCCUACGGGGAAGAAAGGGCCCUUUCCUGCUGAAGGGUUCCAAACUUUACGCGGAUGCCGAAAGCCCUACAGCGUUGGGACGAUCAGACGGUAGCAAAUAUACCAAUGACUCGGGAAGCCGUUUGAGCAAUUACUGCAAGCCGCUUUCUAAUUGGAGGCUAUUACAACCGGCCAAUCUGGAAUACUUGCAAUAUACCAAAGGAAUCCGUUUUCUGAUGCAAAUUAACGGUGGUACCUGCUAUAAUCCUGAAGCACUAUGGGACCUGCAUGCCUUGCUUGAGAGCAGUGCUCGUUACGAGGCCGUAGAUACGAAUGGCAUGCCGAUAUUGCUUCGGCCAUGGCCUCGGCUUAGUCCAGACCUGAAAGGGGCAUAUGGACCAUGCCUUUCCGUUGAUGUGGGUUUAGCUGAGACUACUAACAAAAAUAGACCCAAGCUUCGAGGCAUCUCUAGAAGAAAGGGAAAGCUUGUGCUCCGUUUCUCCGUUCCUCAGUUGUAUGGCCAUAGCCUUCGUCACGCCGUUCUCGAUGUGGGCGCUAAUGCACUUACCUUUUGGCUCCGUAACGCCGGACCCUGCAACCUGGACACAUGCGUUCCUCCUGCCUCUGGAUUUGCCGAGAUGAGCUUGACUUAAUUGCCCAAACCCCCUGAUGAUGCCGACUGGCGACGCUGGGUGGGGAAUGGUAUGCCCCAUACCAACGUAAUGGGAAUUGAUCGGCAUUUUAACAUCGC